GGAGAAGAGAUGUCAUUUAUUUUGGCUUUGCUAAAGCUACCUUUUGUCUUCCUUCUUGAAGUCAUCUACUUCAUCUUUAGAUGCAGACCCAAGAAAGACAUAAAAAACCAGCAUAUCCUGAUCACUGGAGCUGGACAAGGGAUUGGAGCAGAGUUUGCCCGACAGUUUGCUGCUAUGGGGAACACUAUCCACUGUGUUGAUAUCGUGGAAAAAUUAGUAGAGAAUGUUGUGGAGGAGUUGAAAAGAGAUGGUCACCAAGCUUACUCGUACACAUGUGAUCUUACCAAGCACGAGCAGGUACAGAAGCUACAUGAUGACAUAGCAGGUGCUGGGUUUAUUAUCAACAUGCUGGUCAACAAUGCUGGAGUGGCUUUUGGAGUGAGUAUCCAGAAAAUGUCUCUAACUCAAAUACAGCAUUCCAUGAUGGUGAACAUAGUGUCUAAUCUGUGGCUUAUCAAGCUCUUUAUGCCGAAGAUGCUUGAGCUCAAUGAAGGUCACAUUGUGAACGUAGCAUCUCUGGCAGGGUAUUUUCCAUUGAGAAGUUCUACUGAUUACUGUGCAGCAAAAGCAGGUUCAAUUCACACUUUGAAUCAACUCCGAAUGGAUCACAUGGGAACGAACCUAAAGUUCAGUGUCGUAUGUCCCUUUUUUGUGAAUACUAAGAUGAUUACUGGUAUUGAUCCAUCUGUUGCUAUAUCUUCAGUCGCCCUGGUAACCAAAGCUAUUCGAGGAAUCAGGGAGAAUAAAGAAGUGAUUCCUGUUCCUAACAUGUUCAGAGUGUUGAAAGUAAUCCAAGAUAUUGCUCCUCCGUACCUUAUGCGAGCUUUAAUAGUAGCUACGAGCUCAACUAAUGGUGCCGAUGCAGAAAUAGAUGCAAAAUUCGUCGGACAAAGAAUGAGUGAAAAAGUCGAAUAAACAAUAAGUGUAAAGUGGAAGUGUGUUGAUCAUUGUAACGAACAUUUUGAAAAGUUUAUAGAUUUGGGAUAAUCGUACUCUGAUUUAUAAUUAUAUACCAUAAUCAUGAUGGCAUCAUGAAUCAUGAUUAAUAGAAAUAUGCCUGUUA